AUGGCAACCGUGCGGCCUCCGGCUGCCCGCGGCGGCGCCGCCCGCCCCGCCGUGCGAGCCCCUGCGCCUGCGGAGGCCACCAAGAGCAAGCCUGCUGAAGAGAGUGAUGCUCCUCCAGCCAAGAGAGCUCCCAUCUUCUAUGGCAGCCUGGAGGAGAAGGAGAGGGAGCGGCUGGCAAAAGGAGAAUCAGGACUGCUGGGAAAAGAAGGGAUGAAGGCAGCCAUUGAGGCUGGCAACAUCAACAUAAGCAGUGGGGAGGUGUUUGACCUGGAGGACCACCUGAGCGAGCGGCAGGCGGAGGUGCUGGCGGAGUUCGAGCGGCGGAAGCGCGCGCGGCAGAUCAACGUCUCCACCGACGAUGCCGAGGUCAAGGCCUGCCUGCGGGCCCUGGGGGAGCCCAUCACGCUCUUUGGAGAGGGCCCUGCCGAGAGGAGGGAGAGACUCAGAAACAUCCUCUCAGUGGUUGGCACAGAUGCCUUGAAAAAGACCAGGAAAGAUGACGACAGGUCUAAAAAAUCCAAAGAGGAGUAUCAGCAAACCUGGUACCACGAAGGACCACGCAGCCUGAAAACAGCAAGGCUGUGGCUUGCCAACUACUCCCUCCCCAGGGCAGUGAAGCGUUUGGAAGAGGCCAGGCUGUUCAAGGAGAUUCCAGAGGCAACCAGGACAUCCCAGAGGCAGGAGCUGCACAAAUCCCUGAGGUCCUUGAACAACUUCUGCAGUCAGAUUGGGGACGACCGCCCACUGUCCUACUGCCACUUCAGCCCCAAUUCCAAGCUCCUUGCCACAGCCUGCUGGAGUGGGUUGUGCAAGCUGUGGUCUGUGCCUGACUGCAACCUGGUUCACACCUUACGAGGACACAGCACCAAUGUAGGAGCCAUAGUUUUCCAUCCCAAAUCCACUGUCUCCCUGGACAAGAAGGAUGUUAACCUGGCCUCCUGUGCAGCUGAUGGAUCUGUCAAACUCUGGAGCCUUGAAAGUGAUGAACCAGUGGCAGAUAUUGAAGGUCACAGCAUGAGAGUGGCACGUGUGAUGUGGCACCCCUCUGGGAGGUUCCUGGGUACUACCUGCUAUGACCACUCCUGGCGCCUGUGGGACCUGGAAGCUCAGGAGGAGAUCCUGCACCAGGAGGGGCACAGCAAGGGGGUCUAUGACAUUGCUUUCCACACCGACGGCUCACUGGCGGGCACUGGUGGCCUGGAUGCCUUUGGCCGCGUGUGGGACUUGCGCACAGGACGCUGCAUCAUGUUUCUGGAGGGCCACCUGAAGGAGAUCUAUGGCAUUAACUUCUCCCCAAACGGGUACCAUGUGGCCACGGGCAGCGGUGACAACACCUGCAAGGUGUGGGACCUGCGCCAGAGGAAGUGCAUCUACACCAUCCCUGCCCACCAGAACCUGGUCACCGGCGUCAAGUUUGAGCCCAAUCACGGCAACUUCCUGCUCACCGGCGCCUACGACAACACCGCCAAGAUCUGGACCCACCCCGGCUGGUCCCCGCUGAAGACACUGGCUGGGCACGAGGGGAAGGUGAUGGGCCUGGACAUCUCCCUGGACGGCCAGCUGAUCGCCACCUGCUCCUACGACAGGACCUUCAAGCUCUGGACAGCAGAGUAGUGCUGCUGCUGGGCUGCACACC